AUGCUAGUAAUCAAUCAAAAUAAGGACAGCAACCAUAAUGAAACUGCUAGAGUCGUAGUGGAUGAAUCUCUUCGUAUCCCCGAUGAAAUUGUCUCUGUGGAUGUUACCACAGUCUACAGUUGCCCGACAUCCGUUGAAGCCAAGCCUAUCACAGUUGACAAGUUCGACUUUCACUCCACUGAUCAUCUUGUGAGACAAUACGAGGUGGACGACUGAGCGUGGCUGAUGGCAUCGUUUUCCCACAGAGAGAGAAGUGCGAUCGUAGGAAAUGCUACCCCUGAAGAACUGUCAGCAAGUACAUGUGAAGAAUUUGAAGCUGCAGAUCAUCCCGAACAGCGUACAUCUCAAUCAUCCACAAAACUGGAGAGAACAGACAUUAUGCCGACUUGGGCGGCUGCUAACUCUUUAUUAACGUCGGCACCACAAGUUCACUUAGAGAAUCGGCAGAAAACACAGAGUUCAAUUGUUGCCCCUUUGUUAAGGAGACCUCCAACAGAUUUUACAGCUCUCUACACGGUGUUGUGUCAGGCUCAGGGUAUAUCAGCUUUUGUGGUAGGUCUUGAUCACAAAACUAUAAUUGCUCUUGAUUUUGAUCUGUACGAGAGAGCAUUGAAACUGCAAUCUUCGACAGAGAACACUAACUGGGUUUUGAGAGUUGGUGAACUUCAUGCUUGUUUUGCUUCUCUUCAUGCCAUCGCAAAGUAUGUAGAAGGCAGCGGUCUUAAGUCUAUCGGCAUUGAAGCUGGUCUUUAUUCGCCAUCUACCAUUCGCCAAAUCUUCGCUGGAAAGUGGUUUAAGCGUGGUGUAGAGUACCAUUUGACCAAUAUAAUGGCCUGCUAUGACCUUCUUUUCGACGCCUCUUUUCAGCAACAAGACGCGGGAUCUGUGAUACUGAAAUGUUAUGAACUUCGCAAUCAACUCCAUACAAGGCAAGAAGACGUGAAAGAGGUCUUUGAAGAAGUAAGUGCAAUCUUCUUAAAACUGUUCCAAUCAUCACUUGAACAAGACCUUGGAGAAAUGGCACAAUUUCUGCGGAGCUAUAUGAAGCAGGUAGAGAGUUUGCUUCACUUAAUUCGGGCGAGCAGACAGGGAGAGUGGGAACUUCACCUUGGUGCUCUUGAAGAGAAUGUCAAAUACUAUUUUACGCAUCAUCUUUACAAAUAUGCUCGUCUCGUACCAGUUUAUCUUGCCCAAAUGCAGCGGCUUAAGGACUCUGACCAGGAAACCUGGAAGGCACUGGAAUGUCGCGACUUCAUGGUAGCGAAAUCGGGGAUCCCAUUCACAAAUCUGUUCGUGGAUCAAACAUUGGAACAGCUAAUCAGAGAACUCAAGGUAGCGUGA